UUCACAGACUGAACCUCCUCAUAUAAGCUUUUUCUGCUGCUGAUAUUUCUGACGAUAAUAUAAAUGAUAUUUCUUCUGUCAGACAUGAAGACAGGACUGUUUUUCCUCCUGCUGUCAGGUGUGGUUCUGGUCUCCUGCAGCUUCACGAGACACUUCCACUAUGUCAAUAAGCGGCUCACCUGGUCUGAUGCUCAGCUUUACUGUAGAGAGCACUUCACAGACCUCGCCACCAUCCAGGACUCUGAUCAACUCGCCAAAGCCAACGUGGUGGCAGGGUCUGGAGUGGUCUGGCUCGGACUGUACAAACACUGGGAAUGGACUGUGGAGCAUGAGGGUGGCAAGCCGUUGACAGGGUUCAGAAACUGGGGCUCUGGAGAACAAUUUAAUAAACCUUUUGUGGUGAUAUCUGGAGAUGGGAAGUGGAGCACCAGAGGACAGGACCAGCAGUAUCCAGUUAUCUGUUACAAAGCAAAGACAGAUUCUCACUUUCUGGUCCCAGACCUGUUGAACUGGGGUGAUGCGAGGAGACACUGCAGGAGCAUGUCCGCUGAACUGAGCAUUAUCAGAGACCAACAGGAGAACAUGAUCGUGGCGGCACUGCUGACCAAUCAGGAUAAAGGUUUUAGCUACAGCCAAGCCUGGAUCGGUCUGUCAAAAUCCCGUUGGAAGUGGUCAGGUGGGGGCAGGGUGUCUUACACAAAGUGGUGGAGAGAUCCGGUAGGUGUUCAACUACCACAGUGUGUGGUGAUGUACAACGGCAACUGGUACAUGAUAAAUUGCACCUCGAAAUUCUACGUCCUCUGUUACACAGGUGAGUGACACCUGUCAGACACAAGUGACGUCUCUUUGUCCUUCACUUUAUCCAUUUCUUGUGCUAAUUUGCUCAGAUCCUUGUAUGCUUAUU